AUUGCUAAGGACAUAUCAAUAGUAUGUUCCCUAGUCAAUGUAAAUGGGGAAUGGGGAAUACAUGGUGGAAUCUUCGUAAUUCAGACCAUCUCUCAUCUCUAAAUCUCCAUCAGGCCAUCUCCAGAACAAUACAUACCCGAAGACAUCCCACUUAGGUUACAGCAGUCAUUGUUGCACAAACCAGGAUAAGAUCAGGGUUCAUCUCUCUUAUGUAACAAGUAAUUGGAUAAAAAUAUCUUGCCAUAUAAAGUCGUUAAAAAAAAAUAGAUACAGAUCGUCAAUAUGUCGUCAAUGUAUGUUAAUGAGAUAAGUAUCUACGUAUUAGUCAAGUGUAUUACGUGGUAUCCAACGGAAGUAAGCUUAGUAUUUAAAAGACACAAACGUUGCAUUCAGGACGUGUACAGCACCUCGGAUGAACAUGGUGAGUGGGUAUAUGUCAUGCAUAGUGCCUUAAGUUUCGCCUGUUUGGGCACUUUAAAGUAUUUCAGAAAACUUACAAGAAUAUUUCAUUCGCAUAACGAUUUUCGUGUAUUAAAUGUAUGUCUCUCUCUUUAUUCUCGAAGUGGUUCUUUGUGAUGCUGGUCGCCUUUGGCAGUCACCAGUCUAACGCGCAGAACUCCUCGACUUACGAACUUUUAGACAAAUCAACUGGACAAACUCUCACCUGUUUGAUGUGCGAGCCAGGGUACCAUCUCGUCCAGCACUGCUCUGCCACCCACCCCACAAAGUGUGCGCUGUGCAACCAUGGUCUUUAUACCGAGUUUUGGAAUUUUGUCGCCAACUGUCUAAUAUGUGACACCUGCGCUGACAACCAAGUUAUCUCACACCAGUGCUCACCUUCUCAAAACACCAAGUGCGUUUGCAAAGAGGGCUACUUCUGGAAUAGGUACUUCUGUCAGAGACACAAAGUGUGUGGCUCUGGAUACGGCGUAAAGACAAAAGGCACACCAUAUGAAGACACCGAAUGUGAGCUUUGUCAGAGCGGAUUCUACGCAGCUGGAAAACCAGGACAUGCUACUUGUCAGCAGUACACCGACUGUGAAAAGAACGGCCUGAUAACGGUUCUCAAGGGCAAGAUAUGGCAUGAUGCUAUCUGCGCUUCCUGUGAUAACGUCCAUAAAGAUGGGGCUGAGUUCCUCCGUGGCAUCCUUCCUGAUUUCUUCAGCCAUUACAGCAUGAAUAAAAAUAAACUGCAACGACUUGUGAGAAGGAAGCUUCAGACAGCAGUCAAGAGAAUUUCCAGGAGAAUGAUCAGAAGAAUUGAAAUGAGUGACCUUCUCAAGCAAAUAACUGCUUGGGUCAGCAAAGCUAGUGUGCAGGAUCUGAGGAAAUUGCCAGAGAAGCUUGAAGAAGUGCAACUUUACCAUGCUGCUGAACAACUUCAGCGUAAAAUGGCAAGAUUAGAUGUAGAAGUCAAACGUUGUGAUGUAAGUUGUGAGUAAAAACGAACAUCAUAGACUAGGCAGCUACAGUGAACUUGGAUUGAACCUUUACAUCGAUGCAUGUAGUGUUACGAUACGUAAACAUGACAAAUUCAAUAAGAGUCAUUGUGGUUUUAUACAGUGUGUAUUUAUGUAUUUAUGUGUGAGGCAUCACUAUUGUAUGCUGCGGCAUUACAUGCAAAAUGCUUAAAUUCAGGCAGCUAUUUAAGUGAAAGAGAGUUUGAUUUAGUUUAAUCUUUAAAUACGUCUGUUACAUCAAUAAAUCGCUGAGAACUA